CAAAGCGCAUCCAAUUGAUUUUACCUAUUAGCAACAGGUUUUUGGCAAUAAAAACAAACAAAAUAAGUAUUAAAUGGAUAAUAAAAUAAAGCAGCAGAGUGCAACAAAUGCGAACACUAGAUGGCGCACCUCGGCGAGCCUCAUUUUGGUGGCACCAGCCGCAGCAGCUAGCGAGGAUUACAAUCUAUUAAUGCUGAAGCGCAGCGAGGCCACGGCCGUAGCGCAGAAUCAAACUGUUUUUCCUGGCGGCCUACUGGACGUGGAGGGGGAUGAGAGCGUCGCCUGGCUGGAGUAUUUUGAGCAGUUUGGCGUGUCCCAAGAGUCGCUGCGUAGCCUGAUACUCAUCAGUGAACAUAGGCCAGGAAUAUUGGCACCCCAAGGCAACGGUUGCUACGAUCGUUUUUUUAAACGCUCCAAAAUUUGGGCACGGGAAAUUACGUUACGCUUGACGGCGUUGCGUGAGUGUUUCGAGGAGGUGGGCAUUCUGAUUUGCCGCAGCCGAGCGCAGCUGAAUCAACUGGAUGCUGUGGCUCUGACAGCGCAGUUUCAGCCGGAGCAGCAGCACUUCGAUCGUGAGUCCUGGCAGCGACGUGUACAUAAUAAGCCCAGUGAAUUUUUAGAGCUGUGCCGUGAAUUGCAAGUGGUGCCGGAUUUGUGGGCCCUUCACGAGUGGUCCGCCUGGGCGAGUCCAGCGAUUGUUAAAAAAGGCCAUGAAACAGUUUUCUUCAUGGUAUUUUUGGACAGCCAGCCUAUCCUGCUCGCAGAGCCGACUGAGGUCAAGGAGUGCUUGUGGCGCACUCCAGUCGAAUUUUUGCGUAUGUACCAGCACGAGGAACUCUGGCUUAUGCCACCACAAAUUUAUGAGCUCUUACGCCUGCUAGCUAUCCCGGAUUACCGGAAACUGCUGCACUUUGCAACGCAGCGUAGCAUAUUGGGCACUACUUUGUUUUUACCGGUGGGUUACAACUGCAGCGAUGGCAUGGUGUUUGCUCUGCCAGGCGAUGAACUUUAUGUGGCCGAGCCACAUUUGGCCAUUGAACCCAUUAACUUUCCGGGCAGUGCUGACGAGCUGCGCGCGCGCUCCACUUGCCUACAUCGUUAUGAGUUUACCGGACCAACUGUUUGUAGAGUACAUUUAAAUAUUCCUGCUCCGAAUGGCCAUCUGCUGCCACAGAAUCUGCCAAACCCGCUGCACAAACUUUAGGCGCUUCUCGUUUCGGAAAUGAAGUAACGUAAGUUAAGUUUUGAAUUGAUCAUCAGGACAAGUUUAGUCAAAAGGUAGACAAAUUAUAAAUAAACAAUUUUUGUUAAACGUUGUAUAUAAAGAACUGGUAUAAGGCUUGUAAA